CCUUUUCAAAUUCCUUAUUCUCUUUCAACGUUAUUGUUCGCAUCGGCGACAAGAAGGAGAACAAUGACCAUCAGAACCAAGACAACAAGGCCCGACUCCGGGCCCUGCGCUUUUCUGGGAUCCGUCGCGUCGUCGUUUCUUCUAUUCCUGCAUCCACCACCACUUUCCUUUGGCUGAAGCCAUGUUGGCUCUUCCCAUUUUUUUGUUUAUUUUUUCCGUCGCGUCUGUGGUCGCGGCAUCCAACUCUUCUGUAGUUUGUAUUGCGGGGCAAUGUUUGCAGGGCACUUCCAACACUACCCUUGGUGUCACACUAUCUGCUGACGGAGAAUCGACAAGUCUCCUACUCCUUCCUGGCCAAUAUUCGGCGACGACGAACCCACAGCUUUUACACAAUCUGCUCACGUCUAAAUCCGCAUCUCUUUCUCCUUCACCGGGCUUUGAGAACUCCUCUAAAUCCCUUAAUCUUCCUUUGAACGUGGCGCUCUCGUCUGGAAUGGCCAUUUACUCUGAAUCCCUUUAUUCCGGCUCCGCCGGGUUCACCGCUCUCCCGUCAACUCCUCCAUCCAACUCAACGACGUCUUUGUCCGCAGCGUCACUCUCACUAUCGUCCAGUGUGUGGGCAGCCAUUAAUGUCGGGGACCACCGUGUAGUAUUCUGGGAUUCCGUGCCAGACUUUGGGCAAUUGCCGCUUUCUGGCUCCCUUGCCCUCGCCGACCUUCAGUCAUCUGCAUGUUCUCCAAGUUGUUCGAGUUCUGGAGUGUGUUCUGCUGCGGGCAACUGUACUUGUCCAACGGGGUUUACGGGGGAGUCAUGUGAAUCUUGCGCAUCAGGCUUUUUUGGUCCCAGUUGCCAGGCUUGUCCGUCUAAUUGUACGAAAUGUGAUGAGGGGAUUUCGGGGACCGGGAGGUGUUUAGUCACGCAAGUUGCUAAUGCUCCGUCGACAUGCAACUGUAUCAACGGUGAAUGCGGUUCUAAUGGUGUAUGCACCUGUACCGAAGGCUUCACGACGGCCAGUAAUGGGACUGCGUGUGCAAAAUGUGCAUCUGGAUUCUUCCUUACAUCCACAGGCGAUUGCAAACUCUGCGAGUUGGGUUGUUCGUCGUGUGCGGAUUCAACAGGUGUCUGUCUUACGUGCAAAACUGGCUUUACCCAAGAUGCGAAUGAUAAAACCAAGUGCGACGCGCCUCAAUCAACGACAUCGUCGGGCACUGUGUGCCCCGACGGCAGCUUCAGCAGCGGGACGAAUUGUACCGCAUGUUCGUCUGCUUGUCAGACGUGUACUGGUGCUACGUCGAACGAUUGUACGCUUUGUGCCUCUGGUUCCUACACGUUCAAUGGUAGUUGUGUUUCUGCCUCCUCCACCGGCGUUUGCGAAGGCACGGGUCUUAUUGCGGAUAACAACAAGCAUGUUUGUGAUGCCUGUGGCGCCAAAUGUACUUCAUGUGAAAUCCAGAACUUUAGCAUUGCUUCUACAGUUGAUGAGCUGAAAUGCACCGGUUGCAUUCCUGGCUCGUUUCUUUCUAACGGGCAGUGUAUCGACAGCUGUCCUACUGGCACCUUUGUGUCUCCUAAGGACAAUGUUACCUGUACUAGUUGCGAUUCAUCCUGUUCUACCUGUUCGGGAUCGUCGACUUUUUGCCUGACUUGCCCUAAUAACCAACUCGCCUCCGACGGCAGCUGCGUUAGCUCGUGUCCGUCUGGCACCUUUUCAUCCUCUGGCACCUGCCUAACCUGCCAUCCCGACUGCGCCACUUGUUCGGGAUCAUCGUUCAACCAAUGUUCCUCCUGUCCUUCCAACCGUCCCGUUCUCAAUAACGGGCGAUGUCUCCCUACAUGCAGCAAGUCCCAGUAUUUCGACAGCACUUCUUCGUCAUGCAUAUCAUGUCAUUCAUCCUGCUCCACAUGCUCUGGCUCCAAUGAAAACGAAUGCUUGUCAUGUUCUAGCUCCGGUCAAUACCUGAGAUCCGGUACCUGCGUGAAUGCAAACUGUACCAGCUCGACAAGUAUCGUUUCUGGACUAGGGGUCUGCCUGUCAGACCUUGUGCUCGUAGCUUCAUCGACUAGUAGUUCUGGCAGUCCGGUGCCUUCCAUCACGGGGGUUUCAGAUCCUACAGUCGUGAGAACCACCACGAACAAGCUGACAUGGUGGCAGAUCCUGCUCAUGGCAUUGGGAUGUGCAUUCAUAUUCCUAGUCAUAGUCUGUUGGUGGCGCCAGCGGGCCCGUAAGCGGCGAGCCAAACAGACUGCUUUAUUCGCAUCUGCGAAAAAACUGGAUCGUAGCUCGAACUGGCGGUGGCGACUAGUCAAGAAGGUGUUUGGCCAUUGGCCGAAUCAUCGAGCCCAGCGCUCUGACCCAGAUAGCGACGUGAUCAAGCUUGUUCAGUUGCGUGACGCUGAAGAGGCACGACAUCAUGACGAGAUUAACAAGCUAAUCGGAUCCUACGCAGAUCCUAUGUACGACCAUUCUCGGAAGACGCCUUCAUCAACCGUGCGCAGUCGUAAUCCGUCGAGGGCCGGGCAUCGUACGCCAGAUAACCCCAGUCGGCUCUCUGGAUCUUCAAUAUACUCACAAGUCACUGGUAUGCCGAGACGAACACCAGAAGUCCGGCAGCCUGUGAAGAAGGACCAUAUGGAGAGAUUUUCAGCGAGCACGUUUAGUAACUCGCUGAACUCUCGUGAUCGUGAUUUGCUACCCCCGCCUGCGCGAUCCGACGCACAGGCGUAUGCUCAUGCCGUUCGUGUAGAUUCCCCGAAUGAUAGGCUGAAGCCGAAUUAUACUGGGGGUUCACGAAAUCCUUUCUGGAGAUGAGCGACACAUCCAGCAUUAGACUAUCCUUAUACUUGUGCUUCUCUUUCAUCUGGGACAGUAAAUUAUCUACUCUACUCUUGUAUGUUUAUCCGCACACGAACUCGUCUCAUUCAUUUGGUUAUGACGUUUGAUACUUAUACCAUCUUAUUAUCUGUAGAAUCUCUGUAGCAAGUAGUACUAGGUGUAGAUGUGAUACGGUGCUGAAAUAUCAAAACCCAGGCUUGGUCA